GCUCAUCCUCGACGUCAUCUUCUGUGGCGCUCGAACCAUCAUGUCACAUCGCAGGAAUUGAUUCAAUCAUUUCACCUCACUGUUAUUUGGUAGUUGUCUUUCUUUCCAUGCUCUGCUCAAUACAAUCUCCUCUCCUACGGUCCAAGAUAUCCACUACCAAAUUCAUGCCCAAAACUGUAUGAACUUACCUCCUCAGCGGUGGUUACAAUCCCAUCUUGGCUGCCUGCACCCUGUACACUCGUCGUGUACAAUAGGCUCUGCCUGAACAUCACUGUGACGACAUGGCUGACCAUCCAGAUUACUAUGCAGUGCUUGAAAUCAGCCCCACGGCAUCUGAGCUCGACAUCAAGAAAGCAUACAAGCGUGCAGCCUUGAAAUGGCAUCCUGACCGUGUCCCCAUCGAUUCGCCAGACCGAGCGAAGCGAACCAAGAUGUUUCAAAAGAUCAAUGACGCCUACUACACUCUGUCAGAUGCUACAAGGCGGAGAGACUACGACGAAGCCCGAAAAUAUUCUCAAGAUUCCGGCACCAGCAGCUUUGAAGACGAUGAGGAAGCCGACGAGGAAAUCCCCCGGCCGCAAGCUGGAGGUAGUGGUGGCGGAUCUUGGUUCAACAUGUUUGGUUUCGGAGGAGGUUCCAGCGACGGCCAGGAGCAGAAAUUUGCCAACGAACAAUUCCGAGAUGUAUUUGAGGAGAUGAUGGCUGAAGAGGACAUGGCGGAUCGAGAGGGUGGGACGGCGGUGCCCAACAAGAAGUUCUGGAGCAUCGUCGGUGGCAUUUCUGGGGCUGCCAUGGGCUUCAUUCUCGGUGACAUGGUGGGUGCGAUACCUGGCUACUUUAUCGGUAGCAAGGCUGGUGCAAUCCGAGAUGCGAAGGGCAAAUCAGUCUAUGCUGUCUUUCAGUCGCUGCCCCAGUCCCAAAGAGCCCGCGUCCUCAGCGAGCUUGCAGCCAAAGUCCUUAGCGGCGCCGUCAGUUGAAUCUUAUCCGCCCACUGACAGAGGCAGCCUUGUUUGUUUAAUAAUCAGCGAAUGGUGCAAUGGAUUGUUUUUGGAAAUAUACAGUUGGAGGUGCACAAAACACAGGACAUGUUCCUACUACAAAUGAUCAUCAUUAAUUGAAUGCAACGAGGAUAUUUUUCGUGUUCCAGCGCUGAUGCAAAUAUCAUGUACGCUAGAUAGAAAUGUAUGUAGCCACGCAGGCAAUGUGUAGCAUGAUGCAAUUAAGCUGACGGGCACGUAGGGAUGGGGACAUGGGUACCUGGUC